AUGGAUCCCCAAGCCCCGCCCUCCGAUGUGCCGGAUUCAUACGAGCCGCCAACCCUGGACCCUACUCCUGCCGAUCCCUCGACGUUCCCCGACCCUGAGGGGGCGGCUGCCAUGAAGGCAAUGUCCGACAAGGUCCAAUCCAUGUAUGACAGCGGAGUGCCGCUCUUCACCAAAGAUGCUCUUCGACAUGCCGCAAACCAGCUGGCCCUGUACCGCGCAAGACCCCGAGACGACCGACAAGUCACUCUGAUCGACAUGACCGGCAAGAGUGUGGAGUAUACCAUCUGCCUGCCAUUCUCCGACCACAGUUGGGAACGAAGGAAAAGGUCCGGACCCCUACCGCCUCUCGGGUGUGUGGGAGACUUGCAGCAGAUUUUUGAGGAUGCCAGGGCAGAAUGGGAUUCCAGCACACAACACGAUGAACUGCAGCAAAUCCUGGCUGCCCUGAAACUCCCAUUCGGGCUCAGCAAAGUGAUUGCAUUCGCAUUGGGUUCUAUGGGUGGCGACUUUAGAGCCUCUCGACAGUCCUCGAUCCAGCAUGCACUGCUCCUGAGUCUUCGACGUGGACUUUCCAAUUCCACCCAGACGCCCGAGCUCGAAUGCUUCUCACAGGAGCCUGGAUACUCGGAUCAGGACAAGCAGGUCCUCCAGGCAUCGGGAGUCAAAAUCCUGGAAGACCCCGUGGGCUUUUUAGAAGUGGACGAGACUAGCGUUAUUUUAUCGAUUGCGCCUAACGUGCCAGUCAAGCAGAUCAUCACGGACCUCGGCCGACCCGCCAUCAUGAUUUGGUGCAAGCCACCAGAAUCAGACGAUCGACCAAUGACGGAUCCGGAAUCGUCGAGGGUUCGGGAGAUGCUGAAGAACGAAUACUCCAAGACGGACUUUCCGCGCCACGAGGCUUACCCCCCUCUAUCUCUCUAUGUUAGAAAAGCUGUUAUAGGACGGGUUUCCGAGUGA